CCCUCCCCUGUCCCGCCCGGGGCCCCUCCCCUGCAAUCAAGCGCUCUUAGCAUGACAAUGGCCUUGACCACCACAGCCCGGGGCAUAAAGCGCGGCCCGGCCCGCGCCCGGGAGAGCCAUGAGCACGCACCUGGCCGUGCCGGCGGCCCCGCGCUACGGGGGCUACUACUGGGACUGCCCGCCCGAGCCGGCCGCCCAGCCCAGCGAGCAGGACGCCGCGGCCCCGGCCCCGGCCCCGUUCCCGGGGGACAAGACCCCCCAGCACCCAGAUCUCUCUCCAGCUUCCUCCAGCUCGGGGAUGUUCAUUCAAUACGCCCCGGACUCUGCCACCAGCCCCAAUGCAGAGCCCCUCUCCCCACACCUUAACCCCCAGAGGAGUGGGGCAGGAGGUGAGGGAGGAGUGAAGAAAGCCAAGACACGGACAGCCUUCUCCCCAGAGCAGCUGCAGAUCCUCCAUCAGCGCUUCCAAAGCCAGAAAUACCUCAGCCCCUACCAGAUCCGGGAGCUGGGCUCAGCCCUGGGGCUCACCUACAAGCAGGUGAAGACAUGGUUUCAAAACCAGCGGAUGAAGUAUAAGCGAUACCAGAAGGAAAGUCAAUGGAUUGAGAAAGGCACAUGCCUCCCUCAGAAUGGGUUCUAUCAGGCUGGAUACCUGGAUGUUGGCUCCGGUUACUACCAAGGCUGCUCUGUCAGUGCCAACAGGAACAUCCAGACUGUGGCCAAUGUGCAUCAGACCUAUAAUAGCAGCCCGGCCUACAGCAGCAGCCAGAGCCUGUACACUUUCAUGGCCAUUGAGGAUGAGGGGACGUUCUUUGGGAAAGCUGCAAGUCCCUGCAACACCCAGCAAGCUGUGGGCUUCCUCAGCCCGCAGAAAGUGAACUUCUAUCAUGGCUUCCCCACAAAUGUGGAUUAUGCCAGUGUGGAGCUGGAAGAAAGCUACAGUUUCCAGAAUACCCCUGGCACUCCAGUGUCAUUCCCGGGCUCUGGUGUGCGGCAGCCAUACCAGCCAGUCUGGCACCCUCAGGGCACCCAAAGCAAUUACAAUUCCUAGGCCCUUUCUGGUUCCUUUUCUGCUCCCACUCGUGUCUGCUUUCUCCUUUUAAGUCUCUCAGGGUCCUGAUCCUGCCAGGUGCCUAGUGCCCCUAGCUACAGCAGAGGCUCUGCACUUUGCAGGAUUUGGCCUUCUCUUCCUUCUUAUCUGUAAGAGUUGCCUGUCUAGUUUAUGUUCUGGAGUAUAUGCACACAUGUGAUGAAAGGCAGCUUCCAAGCUGUUGGCCCUGGCUGGCUCCAGGAAUGGAUUGUUGCUUUUGCUAAUGUCAAGCCAUCCUUGUGGACAAGUGUGUGUGUGCUGGAAAUUGGAGUAGGUGGGUGGAACAGGCCAGUUAUGCCAUUAAGUCCUCUUCUGACCUCUUGUCCUGGUACAGGAGGAUCUACUAUAGAUCCUUUCCAGUGCUCUAGUGAGUCCUUGGUCUAUGGAUCCCUGCAAUAAAGCUUCCCUGGAGAAGACUCUCCCAGCCAGUAGCAGAGCAUUUGCUGUGGGGGAAAAGCUUUUGCUAAGCUUCUAACCUCAAACUUCCCUCUCUUGUCCGUUUGGUUUUUUUCUUCCUUUCAGUCCUGGUAUUUCCUCUACCAACUCCUGUGCCAGUUGCAUGAUGUGCCUUAUCAGAGGACGUGUGUAUGCCUUUUCUGAGGGCUAGAUAUGAUAGUCCCACUGCAUUCCCAGCUAAAAUGACUCUAAUCCCUUUUGCUCAUUUUAGGACCUCGAUGUCUCAUUCUGACAAGGGUUUACAAAAUUCAGAGCAAGCCCAAUCCUCAGCUGCUGCAAGUCAGGUUAUGUACUGUAAAUCUAUUUUCAGCUAAGCAUCUGUCCCAUGGGUUGAAUAGUAAUCUAAAUUGCAUUUAUCCUGUAUAUAAGGACAGAGUGGGGAAGGACAAGGAAAUUGUGGCCUGCCAGAUCAGUAUUGUCAUCCAGACACUUGUAGUGUUUGCAAAAUGGCUCUGUCUUGUGCCUGUCAGUUCUUAAGGUUGUGCCUUUUGGAGACUUCCUGUCUAGCCAGAUGGUUCUUCAGUUCUCUAAUUGUUCUUCCUUAUUCUGCCAACCCAAUACUUCUGAUUGCCUUAAUACCCUGCCAGGGAUCUAAUACCAGCAUACGCAUCAUGGUGAGAGCAGCAGAUGUCCUCAAGUACCUGUCUAGUUCUCUUCUAGAUAACUCAUUAUCUAGGCAUGAAGGAUCUCUAGCACUUCACAAAUCAUAAUGCAACACCACUGGAAUGCAGCCACCUCUGGGGUGGAGCAUGGCAACCAGGUAAAAACACUUUAGUUGUUUCAAGCCUGAUGUUUGGGUCACUAAUAAACUAGAAAUGAGGGGGAAAUCCCAUUGGGCCUCACUAGCCCACUGCCUCCGUAGGCAGUGCAGCAUGGCUUCUUACAGUUGCUUCUCUGGUCUUGAGUAACUUGAUAAAUGGGGGCUUUUAUCAGUUCCCUAGGGGGAGACCUUUUUUCCCCCCACAUCCUAAUUGGGUUUUUGUCUUGCAUCAAGGGCAGACACUUGAGUUUCUUCUGGUGUCAGUGUUGCUUCUGUAGGGGAGAAGUGGGUGGGCUUCUUUUAAAAAACAUUUUAGUUGUUGGAGUGUUUGUUUUUUUUUUUUGUUUAUUUGUUUUUUUUAUAAAUGUUAAUGGUUUUUUAACUAUAAAAACUCUAAAACUAGCCAGGCUUAGGCAACUCUAAUGCCAAACCCAGCCUGUUGCUUGUGAAAUGGACUGAGUGGUCUCACUUCACUGUUCCAAGCCUGCUGCAAAUACAUGGCUUCAAUUGAAGAAAAUCAAAUCCUACAUGUUACCAAUUUUUCUAGUGUUAAUAGUGAUUUAUUAUUGGUGGCCAAUAGAAAAGUCUCUUACCUUUUUGUUAAUGUGUUGUUUUAAUCACUGUGACAUGCGGUGUUUGCCUGAGGAUUUUCUGUUGCAUUUAAAUUUUAAAUGCAAGCAGCUUGAAAUAGCUGGGUAUGGGUGGGGGGGGAACAAACUUGCAGUGACCUCUAAUACUGUUAUGGUGUGUGCAUGUGUGUGUAUUUUUCACAUAAUGUUUUUUAUAAACCUGUGCUUUUACAUUUGAAAAUAAAAUAAACUGAGUUGUG